CGUUGCGCUAUGAGGGAACUCGAGGUUCAUGUUAGCUUCGCUUCGUCUCCGUGGAUGGACCAAGACCUCCAGAAACAACGGCAUCCAUGGCGCGAACGCUGAGAAACAACAAAGCGGGGUUUCACUUCGCAACUCGUUUCCUCAACUCACCUAGUCGCUCUUCUUUUCCAAGCACAAGAUCACUGCAGACUCUAGCCUAUGAAGAGAUCCAAUCUUCCCCCGAUCGACAUUCAAAUUCCACAGCUUUUGUCCUCCAUGGCCUCCUGGGGUCCAGUCGCAAUUGGCGAUCUUUCUCUCGAAGCCUCGCUUCCUCCCUGUCUGAAUCCUCUUCUCCUUCCGAGUGGAAACUGACGCUGGUGGAUCUGAGGAACCACGGGAAGUCGACCAAUAGAGAGGGACUGAACCCGCCUCAUGACAUGGCGAGUGCUGCUAAGGAUUUGGCCGAUUUGGUGAAGUGUAAAAGCUGGAAGUGGCCUGAUGUUGUGAUUGGGCACUCCAUGGGUGGCAAGGUUGCGUUGCAAUAUGCUCAGAGUUGUGCUCUCGGUCAUUACGGUGAACAUGCUGAUCCUCCCAAACAGCUGUGGGUGCUGGAUUCUGUUCCGGGAGAAGUGAGCCCAGAAAACAGUGAUGGUGAGGUAGAGAAAGUCUUGCACACAUUGCAAAGUUUACCUUCAUCAGUCCCCUCACGCAAGUGGCUGGUGAACCACAUGACUGAACUAGGGUUUUCAAGGUCCUUGUCAGAAUGGAUUGGCAGCAAUCUUGAAAGCUCUGGAGAGCAGCAGACGUGGUCUUUCAAUCUUGAAGGUGCCAUUCAGAUGUUCAAUUCUUACAGGGAAACAUCCUACUGGCCUUUGCUUGAACGCCCACCAAAAGGGAUGGAGAUAGCAAUUGUUCGUGCAGAGAGGAGUGACCGGUGGGAUCCCGAUGUAAUAGAGCGGCUCGAGAGGCUUGCCAAUCAGAGAGCAGAUUUGUCCCAAGGGAAAGUUUCGGUUCAUAUUCUUCCAAACUCUGGCCACUGGGUUCACGUGGAUAAUCCAAAGGGACUUCUUGAUAUCGUUACUUCCAAUUUUAUCACCUCGUGACCUGGUGGAACGAGCUGCAGAUUGUCGAAUUGAUGAUAAUUUGAUCUUCAUAUUAUUUUUGUAAGUUGCUUUCAUGUUGAUGCAUUCUACCUUGUUUGGGUUAUUAGGGAGCUGUCCUCUCUAUAAAAAUAAUCAGUUGUCUGUGCAGACACAAACAGAGAGUUGUAUUAGUUGCAUAUGACUCUUAUAUAUUCACCCUUGCUUCUAAUGUUUGAUUAGCAAUGGCUCAAAAUUGAACAUUCUACACCAAAGAAGUAUUACAAUGAUAAUGCCUGUAAAAUUAUUAUGCUAGAA